AUGAAGGACUAUGCAGAAAUGGGACUUUUGUCAGACAAAAGUCUUCCGGCGCACGAUCAAGAUUCGGACCGUUUCGCCAGCUCCAAGAACAGUCGUAUCUUGAAGAAAGCGGCAUUUUUGUCAUUUAUCAUGGUUAUGUUGUAUUGCUCCUACAGUAUGCUGUUCCGCUCGAUGCUCGUUGUGGCAGGCACAGGACCAGGUCAAGCAGUUGGAUCUAGCGGUGUCUCAAAGGGCUUCUCAAAAUUCUCACAAUACUUUGACCCAAACCCAGAAAUAUAUCCCGGCCCUACAGCUACUGGACGAGCUCCUUUUACGGCUCAAGAAACUAUGGCACCGAUGGGAGAGAAAAAUAAUAAAACCAUUCAGCAAAUGUUCGGUCAUCUUUCUCCGUAUUCUCCCAACAUUAUUGGGUUCGGAGUAGAGGAACAACCACUUCCUCCAGGCGCCAAUAUCAUACAAGUUCACACGCUUCAUCGUCAUGGCUCCAGAUACCCUACAGUGAACACCAACGUCCAAGGUUUUGGUGGGAAAAUGGCCAAGAUCAGUGGGAAAUACAACGCGACUGGUUCGCUCUCCUUUUUGAAUACUUGGUCCUAUGGAUUAGGUGAGGAGAUCAUGGUCCCUCAGGGGAGGUUGCAACUGUUCGAAAGUGGUGUCAAUCAUUACUAUAACUACGGCCACCUCUACAAUCCAAACAGCAAAAUUUUGGUGCGAACAACUACUCAAAUGAGAAUGCGUGAGUCUGCGUGGAACUUCCUCACAGGUUUCUUCGGGUUCGACUGGGCUUCCAAGGUAGACGUGGGCUAUGGAAUCGAGGGCGAUGGCCAGCAUUGGAACAAUUCACUCGCUGGAUACGACAACUGUGAUAACGGAAACAGUUUCCGCAACCAGGGCGGUUUCAAUGCAUCAGAAGAAUGGCAAGGCAUUUCCCUCCAGAAUGCAACAGAACGCAUAAACUCCAUGAUCGAAGGCGUCGAUUUCACCUUGAAGGAUGUUUAUGCGAUGCAGACUAUGUGUCCUUAUGAGAUUGCCGCAUACGCAUAUAGUCCUUUCUGCGACCUUUUCACAACGGCGGAAUGGGAAGCCUUUGAAUAUGGCAUCGAUAUUAUGUUUGCAGGUUAUGUUGGUUAUCAGUCACCAACAGGGCGAGCAGUCGGCCUUGGCUGGGUCCAAGAGCUGGCCUCGAGGUUGAAACGUCAGACCCUAGGCUAUUCCGGCUCCCAAAUAAACACAACUUUAGACAGCAACGAAAAGACAUUUCCAGUGAACCAAAGUCUAUAUUUCGAUUUCAGCCACGAUACCAACAUCAUGAGUAUCAUCACAGCUCUUGGCUUCACGCAAUUCUCCCAAUUCCUCCCCGCGGACCACCAGCCUGGCCUCCACAACCUCACCGUCUCGCAAGUGACCCCUUUCGCAGCGCGUCUCGACAUCGAGGUUAUCCGUACCCCCCAACCACUCCUCCCAGACCAACAGUACAAUACAAAUGGGGAAGAGACGCAGUAUUUACGCUUCAAGUUGAAUGAGCGGACGCUCCCGCAUCCGGAAUGCGGGAUGGAUAGAAUGGAUGGCUUGUGUGAGUUGGAUGUAUUCUUGGGUCUGGUGGAGGGGUUGGAGCGAAAAGCGGAUUAUGAGUAUGCCUGCACGGCAGACUAUGAGGCUGUUCCGUAUGGAGAGAUUACGGAUGGGAGGCCGAAUACGUGA